AAGAGACUCAAAACCAGAGCCCCAUUUCCAAAAAUACAUUCAGGAAAUAUACGUACACGCAUUUGCGUCUAUACACGAAUAUAUGGACCGAACAUCCUUUCAAUUCGGACAGAGUAGCAGUGAGAUUUUGUUUUUCUUUUUAAUUUUUCCAUUAUUUGAAUCUCAGCUUGCUCGAAUUGUGGCAGUGUCCUUAAUUCUGAAUUUGUGAUUCCUUUUUAGGUGCCUAAUGUGAAAUUGGUAGGAUUUGUGGGGGUCCUUGACAGAAAAAAUGAGUGAAUUUCGAGUGUUAUUUAUUUGAUUUUGUUUUGUUUUGGUUGGGAAGUUGUUGUUUAGUGAAAUUUGUUGUUGUGAGAUUUUUAUUUUGAUUUUUGAUUUUGAAUGGAGCAAAGCGAGGGAGGGGAUUUCCCUCCAAAAAAGCAGCCGCCGCCGCCUCAAUCGGAGGCUUCUUCUACUGCGGGAGUGGAUUUUCCAGCGAGGAAGCUAGUGAGGCAGCUGGAUUUCACUGGCUUUAGUGGUGGCGCAUCGAGUGUGGAACAGCCGCAGGUAGUGAAGCCCAGCCAGCAGCCUCCGCUUCCUCAGUUAGUGAAGCCGAGCCAGCCAACGAAGCCGCCACACCUGCAGCCGCCGCAGAUGCUGUUCAUGGCGAUGCAACAGCCUCCGCAGCCAGCUGCGCCACCUACUCACCCUUCCAUACGCCCUCUCGUGAAACCGGAAUCCCCAAGAUCGAGGCCAAGACAAGGUGUAAAUGAAGUAAAAGAUGGUACCCCAAAGAAGCAAAAACAGUGCAACUGCAAACAUUCGCGAUGUUUGAAGUUGUAUUGUGAAUGUUUUGCUUCUGGAACCUAUUGUGAUGGUUGCAAUUGCGUGAAUUGUCAUAACAAUGUUGAAAAUGAAGCUGCCAGACGUGAAGCUGUUGAGGCUACACUGGAGCGUAACCCAAAUGCUUUCAGGCCAAAAAUUGCUAGCAGUCCACAUGGAGCUCGGGAUAACAGGGAGGAAGCUGCUGAAGGUUUAGUUUCAGGAAAGCAUAACAAAGGAUGUCACUGCAAGAAAUCAGGAUGCCUUAAAAAGUACUGCGAAUGUUUCCAAGCAAAUAUUCUUUGUUCCGAAAAUUGUAAAUGCAUGGACUGCAAAAAUUAUGAAGGAAGCGAAGAGAGACAGGCUCUCUUUCACGGAGAUCAUGCCAACAACAUGGCAUACAUCCAGCAAGCCGCAAAUGCUGCCAUCACAGGUGCUAUUGGCUCUUCUGGUUAUGGGUCUCCCCCAUUUAACAAAAAACGGAAAGGUCAAGAUCUCUUCUUUGGAUCAACAAAAGACCCUGUACACAAGCUCGGACAGUUGCAACAGCCUAACCAUAUUAAGGCUUCUUUGCCUUCCUCUUCAUCAUCUUCAAUUCCUGUCGCUCGGUCUGGUAAUGCGUCCGGGUUGGGGCCUUCAAAAUUUACCUAUAGGUCUCUGUUAGCUGACAUCAUCCAGCCCCAGGACUUAAAGGAACUCUGCUCAGUGCUUGUGGUGUAUUCAGGAGAAGCUGCGAAGAUGCUUGCAGAGGAGAGAAAUGAAGCACAAAAGCGAGCAGGAGAUUCUAGAGAAACCUCAUUGGCUUCAUCGACUCAAGAUGAGUGUCAAAGCCAGAAGCAGUCUGUAGCUGAGAGUGCUCUGACUCAUUAUCCUUCAUUUGAAAACCAGACUGAGAAAACUAGACCUCAGGAGUCUGGUUCGGAUGGAGCUGAUGUAUCAAAAGGACGGCCAAUGUCUCCCAGUACUUUAGCUCUAAUGUGCGACGAACAAGAUACAGUGUUCACUACUGCUGCUUCCCCUAAUAGGUUAGAGGUUCAAAAUAACUUGUCUUCCCAGUUGCCGCUUGAGCAAGGAAUGACUGAAGCAUAUGCAGAACAAGAAAGAAUUGUCUUAACAAAGUUCCGAGAUUGUCUUAACAGGCUCAUCACUUUAGGAGAAAUAAAAGAAACAAAAUAUUCUUCAUUGGCACGAACAGUAUCAGCUAACGAAAAAGAUCUAACCAGCAACGACACUUCAAAUGUGAGAACUGAAACUAGAAAUCAACAGCUCAUCAGCAAUGGUGUCACCAUUCAUCGACAGAGGACUUCUGCAAUAGUUACUCAAACGGCUUCUGCUGUGCAUAAUAUCCCCUCUAUCAGGGCAAUCACACCUGCUGAAAAUGGGGAUGUAAGAACGAAACGGGAAAGAGACUUAUAAGGCGGUUAGGAGUAGACAUUUACCAAAAUAUGCUGCUACAUCUCUGUAAUUUAGGCCAAUGUAGAUCUGGCUUUUCUUCAAUGUUGCAGCAAACACUACACAUAGAGGCAAUUGUUAGAACUCUUUUAAAUCUGAUAGGAACUUUAUCUUAUCAUUGAUAAUAUUAAUUAUUAAGAUUUAAUUUUUUUUUUCCAUAUACUGAACAAUUUAUGUG